ACACCUGAAUGAAAAGACGCUCUGCCUGCCGAUGACCUCAUGGUGUUUAAUCUCUCUAAGUGAGCUGCUCUACCAGCCCACACAGGACAGGGCGCUAAUCUCUAUGGGAACAUUGGGUAAUGCCGUUGCAUAACAUAUCACCUUCUCAAAAGCCAAGGGAUCAACCUCAGCUGCAAAACACAGGCUUUGGUAUCAUACAAUUAUUCUCUGCUUGACGUCCAAAACCAAAGUGUUCUGUUCAUAUCGGCUGCAGAUACUAUCACGUGCACAUUUUAAUGUCUGUUGCAUCUUCCUUGCUUUAUUUUUUUUCCACCCUGAUUUGAUUUUUGAGUGACUUGGACAGGCUUAAAUUACAACAGGAUUAGAAGUCAUGACACCAGUUAUCCUUCGUCACUCAGUGAGGAGGAGACUGUCCACUUGACUGGUGGCUCAAACACACACACCCAUCCCCUUCACCUCCUGUGCUCCUGACAAUCAGUGUACAGUAGAUCUGAUAGGGGGGGACGGAGAAGGACACUGUGACAGCGCGGUUUUGCCCACAAGGAUCCAUCUGUCCGAAAGGAUUUGGGCACAAACAGAUUUCAGCAUGUGAUUGAGAGAAGUUCAUCUUUCUGGUUCCUGCUGGGCCAGAAGAGCCAUGUGAUUGUGUUGGUGAUUGUAUUGGACGCUACAGCUGUGAAUUAACGCAGAGCAGCACUUUGGAAACUUGAUGACCUCAUCCCCAGCCUGCUGCAAAAAUGCCAGGAAGCCAGUACCGAGUGCCCAGUGCCAAAAUCCACCACAGCCAGUACAGUCUGACGGACAGCUCUGAGAUCGGCCCCGAGGACGAGGAUGCUGACGGUGAGCUGCGCCUCACCCCCCUGCAGAAGCUCACCACCGCCCUGUGCAAGGAUGAGAAGACCAUCAAGGAGCUCAUCAUAGGCCGCAGGGUGGGCUUCUACAAGGUCCGAGGGGAGAUCGGCAGUGGGACCUUCUCCCGGGUCAAAAUGGCUUUCAAUGCUCUGACUAAAGACAAAGUGGCUAUAAAGAUCCUGGACAAGACCAGGUUGGACCAUCAGGCCCAGCGUCUGCUCUCCAGGGAGAUCAGCAGCAUGGAGUCCCUCCAGCACCCCAACGUGGUGCGUUUGUACGAGGUGGUGGACACGCCGAGCCGCCUCUUCCUGGUGCUGGAGUACGCAGGAGGAGGAGACCUCCACAACAGGAUCUGCAGCGAGGGUAAACUGUCUGACAACACCUGCAAGAUCACCUUCGCCCAGAUCCUGUCUGCCAUCAAAUAUAUGCACAAUCUCAACAUCAUUCAUCGAGACCUGAAGGCGGAGAACGUUCUGUUCACCUGCAGCGGCUGUGUGAAGGUGGCCGACUUUGGAUUCAGCACGCAAGUUCCGAACCGCAACGACACCCUUGACACCUUCUGUGGCUCUCCCCCGUACGCUGCCCCAGAGCUCUUCAAGGACGAGUACUACGUGGGCCCCCCAGUGGACGUGUGGGCCAUGGGGGUCCUGCUGUUCUUCAUGGUGACUGGCUCUAUGCCGUUCCGUGCUGAGACUAUGGGGAAGCUCCGGCGCUCCAUCAUCGAUGGCGCCUACACUGUGCCCCCCUGGGUGCCCGGCCCCUGCCAGAGGCUCAUCAAGGGCAUCUUGAAACCAGCCCCCGCUGAGCGCUGCGCCAUUGACCAGAUGCUGGGCUGUGAUUGGCUCUUACCUGUGGAGUUUCCCUGGUCGUUGGUGCCUCCCGAGCCGGUGAGCCCUCUGCAGAGCUUGCUGGACUUGGAUCGUGGGGAUCUGGAGGAGGAGGUGGAGGAGGAGGUCAGGGUCCUGCUUGAGGAGCUGGGCUUCACCUCAGAGCACCUGAGGAACAAUCCACUCAAAGAGAGCCGCAGCCCUGUCACCGGGGUGUACCGAAUCCUGUUGCACCGGGCCCAGAAGAGGAGGGGCUAUGACACUCCCCCAGUGGUCCGAGGGAUGGUGAGGGACCCCAAGAGGGAGGGGCUCCGGGCCUACAGGGGCCUCAGACACACCUCCAAAUUAUGUGUGCUUUCAUAACAGACUGUUAGAGACAGUUAGGCAUGUUUUUUUUGCACACCUCUUUAAAAUGAGUUUAAGUAUGGAUUUUGUUUUAUAUCAUGGGACUUUGAGCAAUUAAUGACUGAUGAUUUUUCACAUCAAGAAACUUUUGAUACAUUUGUGACACUGUUUUCAAUGCAACUUUCUGGGAUAGCCUGAGUCAUGUGUAAGUGCCUGUUGAGAUUAAUAACAAGAAAUAAUGAAACAUGUUGCAACCUUUUUAUUUGCAACCUUCACUGUUUAAAGCAAUAAUCACAAUGUUGUUUGUUUCCUGACCCUAAAAGCCCAGAAACACUUGAGUUUGCAAUGAUGUAAACACAAACCUGCAUUGAUAAAGCCAUGCCAUACUCGUUUGUGCACCUGAUUGGAGCUUUGCAUUAUGUGUGUUUUUAGGGAAAUUCUUCACCCUCUACCUCUGCAAGAGACUUUGUGUGUAUUCACUAAAUAAAGUUGU